AACAGUGGGGGUAACUUGAAUUCCCGCAGUCGAAUGAAAAGUAAUGCCGAGUUUGAACAAAACGGAACGUAACAAAAGCAGUGAACAAUGAGUGCUUAUUGAUAAGUGUUUUAUAUCAAUUUGGUUUAGUAUUUGUCCGGCUCAACUUCAGCGUAGGUUAGUCGGUGAAUCGUUUUUUAGAGACAGCUUAAUCGCAUAAAUGACGGCGUGUAACCUAACUUCGGACUUGAUAUUCGAAACGGAAGUUUUGAAUUAUUCUGUGAUGGCAACACUACCAAAUGCGAUUUUAUGCGACAACCAUAUAAACCAUACGUACUUUGAAAGUUCCUACGGUGAUUCCAUGGAUAUUUUGCUCUCGGGAUGGAUAUUAUUCCAACAUAUACAGUACAUGCCAUGGUUGUGGGCCAUGUUUGGUUCCAUCCUUGUCGGACUCAGUGGCGUGUUGCCUCUCCUUGUCAUACCUAUCGAUCAGACGGACGAUCUGAAAGAAGGAGAAAGUGCAAACACUUUAAAGAGUCUCUUAAGUUUCGCGGUCGGCGGACUACUGGGCGACGUAUUCCUGCAUUCACUUCCUGAAAUAUGGGCUAGUAACCUUACCAAAAGCGGGCACUCCAACAUAGCAAGCGGACUAUUGAUAUUAUCGGGACUUUUAGUCUUCGUAACUGCCGAGAAAUUAUUUUCUGUGAUAGAAAAAGUGAGCGAGCAUCAUGCCGAUUUGCAAGCUCAAAAUGAAAAUAACAACGUAAAGGGUUUGCCGGUCAACGGAAAAAGACAAAUGGCGGGCUAUUUAAACCUGGUGGCAAACUCAAUUGACAACUUCACCCAUGGUUUGAGUUUGGGGGGAGCUUUUUUGGUGUCGCCGCGUUUAGGUUUGUUGACGACAUUCGCCAUAUUGGUGCAUGAGAUACCCCACGAGGUCGGCGAUUUCGCCAUUCUUUUGAAAUCCGGAUUCACCCGAUUGGAUGCGGGGCUCUUCCAGUUGCUCACUGCUGGAGGUGGUCUGAUUGGAGCAUUGUGCGCUAUCAUGUUUAGCGGCGCCACUACAACCUUAGAGGCAAGAACGUCUUGGAUAAUGCCUUUCACAGCAGGCACGUUUCUUCACAUUGGUCUUGUAACGGUGCUUCCAGAUCUGCUGAAAGAAGAAGAUCCCAAAGAAUCUUGCAAGCAGAUGUUAUCAUUAAUCACAGGCAUUACGCUGAUGGCUUGUGUCGCUACAUUUUUAGAGUAAAAAGCAGUUUAUAAAAAUGUGUACAUAGUAAAAAGUUGUUGCCAUAUAUUGCGCUGGGAGGGUUAUCAGUUCUCGUAAAAAAUGAUAAGGUUGAAUGAGUUUUCCAGAUUUUUUUUUUGACAGUUUACCUGAACUAUGCAAUAGCAUGUAUGUAACAUAAAGCUAUUUUUAGUUGUACUCAGUGAUAAACAUGGAAACCAUCAUGUUAACAGUAUUUAUUUUAGUUAAACUAAAAAGAACCCAUAUUUUAUUUUUCCAUUUCUUUGAGUUUAUUAUUGUUCGUUCUUUAAAUAUGUUUAAAUUUUAUUAUACAAUUAACGUGGCGCAUAUAUGCAUGGAGAUUACUUGAUAUUUCUUCUUUAACCCUUCUAAAAAGGCAGAUUUUUUGUACCAUUACGAAAUAUAAAAAAAUAGUGAUUUUGUAUUCCAAGAACUCAAAACAAUAGGCGAACUGUAACAGAUUGUGAUAUGUAUUAAUAAA